AUGGAUAAGAGGAAGAAAGGUAAGCCUAUUUAAUUCUUAUGUACUGGAAAUAUGACAGCAAUAACUUUUACUCAAGCCACAAAGACAAGAUGGAACUUUUUAACUUACAUACCAUCAGCUAGAAAAGAUCCAGCAGAAGUACAUCAUUAGCCAUGCAAGGAAUUUAUCACUCACAAAAGUAGAUAGGCAUUGUAUCUGCUCCUUAUCAGACUAUAAACAUAACACAUGAGCUUGAUAAUAUUUGGCUUGGGAGAGUUACAUGAUAACACAAAGGGAGCAAACAAUCUUUUUAACUAAUGAUUAGCCAAAUAUAUUUAAUAUCUGAUGACAUAUGACAUCGGGCACAGGCAAAGAGCAUCAACAUAGUAGAAGGAAGUAUCCACAAUAGUAGUAGGCUAGUUUAUCAACAUACAACUCAGUAUGUGUCAUUCUUAAGGUGUUAGCUGAUAUAGCUACCUGUGGGGGGGUCAAUGUUUUUAUGAAUUGUAAACAUAGAGAUGAUAGCAUAGAGGCAUAUACAAUUGGACUGAGCAGUCUGAUAGGACAGAGAGCUUAACAGUUGGUGAACAAUUGCUUUUAUCAUCUGCGGAUCAUCGCUAAACUGAGGUCCAUGAUUUCUAGACCUGAAAUGGAGAUGAUAAUUCAUGCCUUUGUUACCUCUCACAUUGACUACUGUAAUGCUCUUUUUAUGUGUUUUUAAGCUGCAAAGCGUGUAACUGGAUCGAAGAAAAGGGACCAUAUCACCCCAAUCUUAUAUUCCCUCCACUGGUUACCAGUUAAUUUUAGGAUUCAUUUUAAGAUUUUAGUUCUUGCUUUUAGAGCCCUCCAUGAUCAAGCUCCCUAGUACAUCACUGAGCUACUGAGACCCUAUUUCCCCUCACGUUCACUAAGGUCAUCAGACCACAAACUCCUGAUUGUCCUUCACACCUGUUUUAAAACACGAGGUGACUGCGCUCUCCAGGCCAGUGCCCCUCGCCUCUGGAAUGCACUACCAUUGACCUUACGCAGCAUAGAGUCUACUAAAUCUCUUUAGACAGGCUUUUAUCUGUAUCUGUGCCAUUAUAUGUAUGUGUUUCUCCGUAUUCUAUUGCAUUUUAUCAUUAUUGUAAAGGACUUUGUGAUUUUAUCUAUGAAAAGUGCUCUAUGAAUAAAAUUUAUUUACUUACUUAAAGAUGAACUAAAAAAAUAUGUUUAGACAUGCCCACAGACCUUUGGUUUUAAGGCAUCAUAUAGAGCCUGAAGAGUGUACACGAACAGGGUAGUGAGUUUGAAAAUAGGGUCUAUCUUUUCUUAAAUACAUUUUGUCGAGUGUUUCUCAAACUCAACUCUCUUUUUUAACAGGAUCUUCCACAGAAUUAAGGCUGCUGAUUGUUGGUAGCAGUGGACCUUCGCAGUUUCAACUGACCAAUUCCAUACUGGGGAGGGAGGAGUUUUCAAAAGAUACCACUUCCAUCUCUAGAAGCAGGAAGAAUGUCGGAGAGCUGGCUGGUCGUCGAGUGGCUAUUAUCAAUGGACCAAAUGUGUAUGACAAGAGUAUAUGUGGAGUCAAGAGGAAGAGGGAGCUGAGAAGGUCCAAGUGUUUGUGUAUCCCUGGUCCUCAUGCAUUUCUUGUAGCCUUUGACAUGGAGAAUAUCUCUCUGAAUGACAUGAAAGCUCCAAAACUGCUGAGGAAGCGCUUUGGGAGACACUGUAUGAGGCGCUGCAUGGUACUCCUCGCCUAUGACGGGAAUCUGGAGGGAGCCGCCCUGGAGAAGAAGGUACAGAAGACUGAAUGGUACCUGAGAGAGAUGGUGGAGAAGUACAACGGGCGCUUUCAUGUUUUCAGCAAGAACUGGAGGGAUCGUAGUCAAGACAGAGAGCUGCUGCAGAAGAUCGAACGCAUGGUGGCAUCUUUAGGAGGGGGAUACUUCACCAGCAGCACCUUCCAGAAGGCGGAGGAGUUUGUGAAGAAGGAGGAAAAGAGGCUGAGGAAGCUGAGGUCAGGCGAUAUAGAGAAGGCAUGGACUGUGAUGGAGAAGCACAUAGAGGAGGACAAGGAUGUCCACACCAACAACGUGGGCACGGAGAUCAGAGCCAAGGCAGAGAUUGACAACGGGUGGCUCCGAACUUCCCUGGCCAGAGGAUUGGGGAUUGGAUUCGCUGUUGGGGCUUUUAUGGGCGCGCUGGUGGGGUCCAUUGAGGGGCCUGGGGGGAUGGUAAUGUAUGGGAUCAUAGGUGGUGCUGUCGGCGGAUCGGCAGGAGGUACAGCUCAUGUAGCCAUAAAGCACAUAGAGGACAGAGUGUCUCCUCCUGCCAGACUCAACUUUAACUCCAUCUUCAUCAACCGAUUCUUUGCAGCUCCUCGCCCAUGA